CGUAGCCGCUAUAGGAAACAGAUGGCAAGACUGUCGUGGCUGUGCCUGGCGCUGCUCUUUUCCGGUCAAAUCUUUUCCGUGUCGUACGACAAACUGCCAAGAUGACUGAAGGCACUGCUACGAUCAGGACCCGAAAGUUUAUGACCAAUCGGCUAUUAUGCCGGAAACAAAUGGUCGUGGAUGUGUUGCAUCCCGGACAACCGUCGGUACGCAAAACAGAGAUCCGUGAGAAACUGGCCAAGAUGUACAAAGUGACCCCAGAUGUAGUCUUUGUUUUUGGAUUCCAAACUAAUUUUGGAGGUGGAAAAACCACAGGUUUUGGUCUUAUCUACGAUACUUUGGACUUUGCCAAAAAGUUUGAGCCUAAACACAGGUUGGCCAGGCAUGGUCUUUAUGAAAAGCAUAAGCAAACGAGAAAGCAGCGCAAGGAACGCAAGAACAGAAUGAAGAAGGUACGAGGUACCAAGAAGAGCAAGGUUGGAGCUGCAGCCAAGAAGGCAAAGAAGUAGACAAAUGCACAUCAUUCACAUUGCAAUUCUGUUUCUCAAGAGAGAGAAAUGGCGAGAGGAUGUCUCAUAUUUAUGAUGUGUAAUCGUGGUCCGCAUGUCCUCGCAACAGCUGCUAUCGAUGGGAUACUGUUUUAUUUUUAUUUUCGAUAUUCUGUAGCUUGCUGAAUAACUUACUACAGAUUUAUCAAGUUCGAUUAUGUCACAAGUAAAUUUCGUAUGGAUCUGUUGAAUUAAUUCUAUCUAAUGUUUAUAGUACACUCAUUCAGCAAGCUGUUAGGAUCAUUGAAUUCUGUAAGCUUAUUCAUUCGCUACUUGUUCAUUAUUGAUUUCAAGAUUCACAUAUUCUAUGUGCUGCAUCAUAGAAAAUGUACAAACACGCAGUUCAUGAUUUACAAUUUACUUGCUGGGCAUUUCUCAUAAUCAAUCAACCAUAUAUUUUCAUUUUUCGACUUGUUCUGAAUUCUGAUUCAAUCGAAUGCAUGAUAAAAUCGCACUCUUGCUGAACACCAGUUAACUUUUUCGUAAUGUCACGAAAACGUAUUUAUGACAGGUUUUGACCUCCUAUGAUAUAAUUAAUUUACUUAUUACCUUGUAAAUCAUAGUGCUGCAUGCUUCAGGUGAAGGGCUAAGUUUGUAUCGUUCCACAUUCAGUUUAUUACUUUAUUAUCAUUUCUGUCGCCAUCUGGUAUGAGGGAGAAACUGAAAUCUGAUCAUCCUAUUGUUCUGGUUGUGUUAAUUUAUUUCUGAAUUGUAACGGAUUUAUCGAUGCAGUUACUUCACCAUCAGAGAUCUUCAAUGUGAUGCAAAUAGCUCGUUGCAAAAUUGACACCGGACAAAAAUUCGUUACAGUUUGUGAAUGAAAGAUACUAUAUAUAAUUUUAUUCUUGCACUUGGGAAUCAUUUUGGGUAGCUUGAUUACAACACCAUUGGUUCUUUGUUUAAAAAAAAAAAAAAAAAAAACCAUUAUAAAUAUCUGCCACAUCUAACUUCAAGCUCACGCAGAAUAGAAGAUACUAUGAACAAUGAAAAUUACUCCAUUAAUUUGCUAUCAUCAUGUUAUGAAACAAGUAUACAUUACACUGAUAUUUUUUAGAUCGUUAAAAGUUGAUUCAUUUAGUGCAAAUCAUAGGAGUCACUUUCUUGUUCAAAGUUCACUCAUCUAUCCGAAUUCACUACGCUUUGAAAAAUAUGAGAAAAUCUAUCUUCCAUCAUUCAAAUGAUCUAUCAAGAUUAUUCAUUGAUUUUGGCAAAACAAUGUUUUUUUUCUUUCUCUUGCAGUAAAUCCAUUGACGUCUACAUCUUGACAUGAGGCAACGACAUGUAAACCUUAUUAUAAUAUUAAAUAAUAAAAGCCCAUCUUUGUGAUGUCAACUUUUAA